AUUUGUUACGAUUUCAGAUUUUUUUCAUAAACCAUCAACGACUAUAUUUCGUUCGGGAAUCGCUCUGCUAACUAAAAUGUGUGAAAUGAAUAUUGAAUAGUGAUAUCACGCUAAGCAGAACAAAUGAAUGAACAUUUUAUGCCUAAUUCAGAACUCCUUCAAGAUCAGCUAUCUAAUUCAGUUCCGAAUGUCUUAUCGUUUGAUACUUUAAUCAGUCAAGGAGCAGAAGCGCGACUGUAUCGCACCAGGCUGUUCCAUUCAACAUAUACCUUUCCAUGUAUUGUUAAGGAAAGAUUUGUUAAGCGGUAUCGUCAUAGUACAUUAGAUGCCACUUUGUCUAUGCAGCGAAUGCGAGCCGAAGUCAGGCAGUUGCUACGCUGUAGAGAAGUGGGAAUAGAUGUCCCUCCAGUCCUUCUAGUCGAUGUUAAACGACGCCGAAUUUGGCUUGGGGAAGUUGGUCCAAAUGCUGUCACACUUCAAGAUUGGUUUAGAAAAUUAUCUACUCUUGCAAUUGGGUCGGAACUAUCCAUCACAAAUAUCCAGGAGGAAACAGCUUCAUUGUUGCGAAAUCUAACAAUGGCAUUGGGUCGACUACUUGCUCAGCUACAUUCUAAUCAUAUAAUACACGGUGACUUAACUAUGGCCAAUAUUCUUGUUCAGCAGAUAGUUAACAGUAAUAAGGAAUCCAGUUUUCGAGUCGUUCCUAUAGAUUUUGGACUUUCAAGCUCUUCUUCUGGACUAACUUCUCAGCGUUUAGCAGAGGAUAAGGCUGUGGAUUUGUAUGUGUUUGAACGGGCCUUAACGUGUGGUCUUGAUCAUAAAGCCCUGGCAAAAGUUACUGCUGAUCACUCCGAUUUUAAUACUCCGGAAUCUCUUCUAAAGUUAAUUAUAAAGUCCUAUCGUGAUAAUUAUGUAUCAACAGCACUGGAUGACCAACAGAUAAGCUCUAAACAUGAUAAUACAAAAUCAGGUUAUCAUUUAGAGAAACAAGAAAACGAAGUCAAAGACAUUUUAAACAAAUUAGAGGAUGUUCGACUCCGUGGUCGUAAACGUUUGAUGAUCGGUUGAAUCACAUUUUAUGGCUGCGUUAAGUGAUAACUUUCUGAAAAUCCUAAAAACAUUUAUGCAUAUACAUUGUUUGAGUAAUUGUAUUUUAUGAUUUCUAAAUCCUGAAGAUUAUAAUCGACCAAUUUUGUUA